GCGCGGCGGCGGCGGCGGCGGAGGGAACGCGCUGCCGCACCGCUCCGACCGGUCACCUUCGGCGGGCCGGCCGCCAUGGUGUUCCUCCCGGACGAGUCGCGGUCGCUGCCGCCGCCUCCCCUCGUCAAUAAGGGCUCGAUCUGGCUGGGUUUCACCGGCUGGGUCGCGGCAAUGCUGGACAACGGCUUCAACCACCGUCCCGUCCUCCGAUCCGGUGUUCACCGCCAGAUCCUCUUCGCUACCGUGGGAUGGUUUGUUGGCUAUUACCUUGUUAAACGUAUGGAGUACGUACAUGCCAAACAGGACAGAGAGUUGUUUGAGUACGUCAGGCACCACCCGGAAGACUUUAAGGCAGCAGAAAAGAAAAGAAUAGGAGAGCUUUUGGAGGAUUUCCACCCAGUUCGCUGAGGAUUUCUCCAGCGGCGAUGUGUCGCAGGGUGCACCUACUGAACUAAUUCUGUACCGAGAACUUCAGCGGGCUGGCUGUAACUGUUCAACCGUCCAUGGCUUGGAAAAUGAACCAUUACUUGUUUUCAUGUAAUAAAACCUAUGAUUAAAUA